CGCUCGCUCCUCUGACGUCAUAGUUCAAAGGGUAAACGCUACGGAAACUGCCUCCACAUGAGAAUAGUGGUUAGGUUAAUUUCAGAUGUGCUUUUAAAUUAAUACCGACGUGCAUCGACAUGGGGAAGCGUAAGAAGCGCAAUAGUAACAACUGUGGGGAGGUGGCUGACAAAACAGCAAAGCAGCCGAGUGCGAAGAAACGGGAUGGUGAAGCUAAAAGAGACGCCAACCAAGGGGACCACCUUGAGCACAUCCCCUUCAAGCUGCAGGAGCUCUUGAAGAGCAAGGAGAGGAUGGAAAAUAGCUCUUUGACAGCAAAAAAAUUACGAGACGUUUUCGUUCUUCAUAGGAAACCAGAGAAGUCCACGGUCGGCGACAUUGCCAUCCCACGUUUCAAGCAAGGGAAGCGGGAAAGUGAGCUUCAGUUCAAUCAACGCAUGGAGAUGGAGUCAAAGCACGUCCUCUUCCUCACCAACAAUCAGGUGGAGAGGAAACCCGAGCUAAAUGAAGACAAACAGGAGAAGCCUGCCAACGGUGGAAAGUCAGACAAAAUGAAAGCGUACGACAAACUGAAAUUACAGAAACGACAGCGGAAAAAGUUGGAGCGACAGGAGGUCCGGAUGGAAAAGGAAAUGUUCCAAGAUGACAUUGCUUUUGGCGAGGUUUCAACAGAGCCGCCUUCACUAACCAGCAAACCCAAGAAAGCGCUCAUCAAGCCUGGGACAGCUAAGGAGCUCCUCCUCAACUCGCUCCUCGGCCACACAGCCACGCCUACGUCCGAGUCGUCUAUGGCCCGCCGGAGGAUGAUGGAGGAGGAAAGGCGGCGGGCGGUGCUGGCCUAUCGCCAGCUGAAGAAACAGCGGCAGCAGGAGGCCGGCAGCAGGAGGCCAGCACCAGCGGCGCUGCCAAAAGGUCUUGGUCCUGACAUUGUCGGCGGGUCGUGGGGCAAGGCUGCAGUUGCCGCGCAACCUGGAGGCAAACGACGAUACCACCCACGAGACAGGCUGGCCCAUUUGCCUCCUGGCUUUGUGCCCACCCAACAACCAUCAAGGCCGACUUCCCUCGCCAAAGAGGCCACUUUAUACCCAGUCUUGAACAAAUGAAUCUGCGUUGUUCUCCACUCAAAGUUAA